GAGCGAGCGAUGAGCCAGAGGAAGGCAGCAGGCCGGGCGGCAGGGAGAGCCGGGGCCGGGGGGGUCGGCGGAGGGCUGUCCGGGAAAGCCGGCGGCUCGGGCAGUACGGCUGACGGGCCGAAAGGCCAGGCUGGGAGAGGGGGUAAGGAGGUGGGUGUGAGGAAGUGCAGCAUCCCCGGGGGGAGCCGCCGAAAGGACAGCGAGAGCGCCGGGGGGGUACUGGGGAGAGGAGGCAGCAAUAAACCGGGGGCGGCGAGGCCGAGCAGCGGGGGCCGGGGGAAAGGGAGGGCUGCUGCCGGGGAUAGUAGCGAUAGCGGGGGCCGAAGGGUCACGGCGGUGAGAGCCGAGGACCUGAACAAAGCGCUGAGGAAUGUGGUAGAACACCUGAGGAUCAGGUCGGUGCAGAAAUCCCGAGCAUCGAGACAGGUCAAUGAGGUGGUGGAUCACUUACUCCGAUACAUCAGGAAGGAAUCUGGAGGCUGUUUCGCUGAUGUGGAAAAGUUGGCCAGUGGCAGCUACUAUGAAAACGUGAAGAUUUCAGAACCAAAUGAAUUUGACAUAAUGAUCAUCAUCCCUAUUAAAAGAAUUGAGUUUCUGGAAGUGGACGCUGAAGGUGCUUUCUACCAAGUGACAUUUAAGAGAAAUCCAGGUGCAAACCCCCUCAGUCAGUUUGUUUGCAAUGACACACUGUCAGCUGAAGAAAUGAUCUGUCACCUCAGGAAACUCAUCAAAGAAGGGGUGAAAACUCUGACAGAAUACAACAUAAAAUUGGAAAGGAGAAAGCUGGGAUGUCCUGCUGUGACCCUUCAGAUUGAGGACAAGGAAUAUGGGCCAAUCUCUCUGGACAUGGUUUUGGCCUUGGAGGUUCAUUCACAGAGCUGGCCACGGAGCACCACUGAUGGUCUAAAGAUUGAAGACUGGCUGGGAAAGAAAGUCAGGAAAGAAUUCAGGAUGAAGCCUUUUUAUCUUGUACCAAAGCAUCCACUUAACCUGGCAGAACGAGCACGCAAUCAAUCACAGAAAGAAAUGUGGCGGAUUUCAUUCUCACAUAUUGAAAAGACGAUGCUCCUGAACCAUGGCAGCUUAAAGACCUGCUGUGAAAAUGGAUCAUCUAAAUGUUGCAGGAAGCCCUGUCUGAAACUUUUGAAAAACCUCAUCCAAAAACUUAAGGAGAAGAAUCCUCGCAUUCUGGCGAAUGUUGUUUCAUACCAUGCAAAAACAACGCUGCUGCAUGCAUGUGUCAAAAGACCUAAAGAUGAACAGUGGCCCUUUGAAGAACUUGACACCUGCUUUCUUCAGCUGGUGGACGACUUCAUUGAACACCUAAAGGCAUCCAACCUUCCUCAUUUUUUCAUUCCCACAUUCAAUCUCUUCAACCCUUCCUCAUUUAAUUCAAAAUGCAGGGAAACCCUGUUGCGUCUAAUUGAAAGUGAGAGAAAGAAUGACUUCCAAAUCUUCUCAAGACCCCGGUAAUUGCAUAACAGUCACUGAUGAUUCAGUUUGGGAGAAACAGAUGGCAGGAGAAGUUGAGAAGUUUGGUUUAAAAAUAGCCUCUGGAAUCCUGAACUAAAUGCAUGCCAAAUAGAGCACAUAGGCAAGGAAAUUAUGCUAAACGUUUGUAAAUCACUGGUUACACCUCAAGCUGGAGAACUAUGUUGACCUUAGUGAGUGUGCAGAGAAGAUUUACAAGAAUCGUGCUUUAGAUGAGGGACACAAAUUGUGCAGAGAAACUGAACAAGGUGGGAUUAUUCUCACAAUAGCAGAGUGGGUCAUGAGAACAUCAUAACAAGUUUCUGAUUCAGGAGAUGUUGAGACUGACAGCACGGAUAGUAAUCAGAGGGGGACAGAUUGAAGGUAAUUGGCAAAAGCAGGGAGGUGUAUUAUGUUCUGUCACAAUGAGCUGAUGUGGGAUAUGCUGUCUGAGUGGUAUUGGAAGCAGCUUCAAUAGUUGAAAUUAUUCAAAAUGUUCAACAAGUAAUUACUUGGAAAUGUGAAAUUUAUCAGACUACUGUGAAAGAGCAGGGGAAUGGGAAUAAUUAGACAUCCUUUUCAGAGAAACAACAUGGGCACAAUGUGCUGAAUAACGUCCUUUAGUGCUACAAGUCACUAUGAAAUGAGAAUCUGAUGGAUUUGUGCAAUGGAUUUUGAACCAAUUUGGUAAAACCCUAGAAUCUUGUUCUCAUUUUAAUGCUGGUUAAUUUACUGGGAUUAAAAAGUCCGCAAACCAGUGAGUUUAAUACAAUGACAAGCAAGUUUAAGCAUAACAGUGGAGCAGGACCUUCAGACAUUUUUAGAAGAGCCUGAACUUGUUUUAGUGGCUAAAUUUGUCUGUUCAUUUUUGAAAUUUUAAAUCUUAAGGUUACACGUACACACAUGGUUAGCUCACUGGUCAGACUGCUGGUUUGUAAUGCACAGUGAUGCCAACUGCUUCAAUUCUCACACAGGCUGAGGUUACAGUGAAAGCCCCAGCUUGUCGACCUCACCCCUCACCUGAACCAUGGUGACCCUCAGGUUAAAUCACCAUCAGUUGUUUCUUUUUAAUGAGCACGUAGUUCUCUGGGACUAUGGUGACUUUACGUUUUUAUGGCCAACAGAACCAUUACUGGGUGUAAUAUUAGUGUGACUAGUUCACAACAGCCAAUUCUGAAUACAAAAUAUGGACCAAAGGUAUUAUAAUGGAAAAGUAUGAAAAUAAGGACAUUGCUGCCUGUCUUUUGACAAUGAUGUCCAUUCAGGGUUAUAGGUUUCUACUGUGGAUCUUCAUGUGACGGACCAGGCUGAUGCUCACAGGCACACGAAAGCAGGGCAUUCUACAAAGCAGUCACACCUGGAAUACAGAAUAUGUUUCCAUUUGGCCUCAUCAUUAAGGACCCAGUGUGGUGUAGCUCGAAGGUCAGGCUGUUGCCAUCUUUAAUGACUGGAAGCAGUCUCUUCCCAGUCAUUAAUGUCAAAUGCCAACAGGCCUCAGUGUCUUUGCAGCGUUUUCUUUGUCUUCCCCUGGAACGUUGCCAUUUGAGAAAAUAUAUCCUGAUGCCUGUUAGGCAUCCAGACAGUGAUUGAUCUAUUGUGGUUGAUUUUGCAGGCAUUUUGAAUGUUUGUAGAGCUGGCUUCAAGAAUGAUACAAAUCUUGUUUUUCAUCACACUAUUAUUAAAUUAUAGUGGGAUAAUGCAAAUUCUUAUCUCUGUCACAAGACGGCUGAGAAGCAAAUAUCCAAGUUUCCUGAGCUACCUCCACGAACCUUAGAAAAGGACUUGCUGCUUUCUAUUGGUUGUACUGAAUGUAUCAGGUUCAGCUUUAAAUAAACCAGAAAAUGUACAGUGCUGUAAACAGUAUCUGAAAAACAAUGUUACUGUAAAAAUAGAUUCACCAAAACAUGCUUUUAUACUUUUUAUUUGUUAAUAUAAGCUACAGAACCAAAGGAGCAAGGAUCCACCAUCACUUCUGUUACAAUCUUGCCACUUUGUUUACAUCAACUUAAGAUUUCAACCCUAAACUGUUUAACAUUUAUAAAUGAAGAACUUUUAUGUUUAUAUGUAAAUUGUUGGUGAUGAACAAAUGGAAGAUUUUACAACCUUGA